AUGCUGCAUCAUCAUCCUCAUCAAGGACUACCGUUUCCUAUAGCUGUACGUUUUUUAAAACCAAAAAGAAAACUAACAUCUCAUCAAGAUCGAUUUUUUCAUUUACGAACAACGAUUGCAUUGAAUGAUCCUUUUCUACGACGUCUGUAUAGUGUCGUAUCUUUAGUUCUCGAUGAUCAUCCAUAUCCUUCAACGCGGGACGAAUUUCAACGUCGUACAUAUGAAAUUGAUAAAAAUAUUCAAGAAUUAAAUUUAUCAUCACAUCAGUCAAAAUUUCUUCGUCGUCUAAUGAAUGAAACUGGUAUUUCUCUGGUGGAUCUUUGGCAAGGUUCUCAUGUUAUUUUACUUGAUAAUGGUUUGUUAUAUGAUCUAUGGUCAAAAACACCAGCAGCUCAUCCACGUUUUUCAUCUCAUUACCGUCAAAUUCCUAUUCAACAAUAUGGAAUAAAUUUUCGUGAUCAUCAAUUACUUUUUGGUAAAACAGCAACAGAUGGUUCAACAUGGUUUCAAAUGGAAGCACAUGGUUUUGAUCCAAAUGAUCUAUAUAAUGAUCCAGAUUUAGCUGUUUAUCAUGGUCAAGAUUUUUUAAAAUAUCGUUUUCAUCAUAUGAAUGUUGGUCCAUUUGGUUUUUCGCCUCAUACAGAAACAACCGAUCCAAUUAUUCUUCGUUAUAGACCAAUGAAACCUAAAACAAGACGAAGAUAA